AUGAUAUUCGUACUACUUUUUUUUAUUGCUUUCACUCAAGGACAUACUGCCAUUUCUCAAUGUCCACCAUCAAAAACAUCAAUCGAAAAUUCUCUGUAUGAUACAUAUAUUCCUGGUCUUGCAGCAAUCGUAGUUAAUUCAACACAUAUUCUUUAUGAACAAGCAUUUGGUUACAAUGCACCUCCAAUUUUCGAGGAACGUCAACCAAUUGAUUCUUCAAAGACAAUAUAUGUCUUAGCUUCUAUAUCGAAAACAUUCAUUGGAGUAGCUGCUAUGCAACUUGUUGAAUCACAUGAACUUGAUCUUGAUAAAGACAUUAAUGAAUAUCUACCGUCGGAUAUGAAAGUUAUUCAUCCAUUUUAUCCAAAUAUUUCUAUUACAAUGCGACAUGUACUUUCUCAUACAUCAGGCAUUGGACCAAAUGUUAAUGAAGAACUAAAACUUUAUG